GAGAGAGAGAGAGUUGUCAUUUGGGAAUGGGAAUGCACGGCAAACAUCAGCAACAAGGAGGAGAGGAGGAGGCGGAAGGCACUCUCCAUGGCGACGUUCUCGACGCCGUCAUCUCCCGUGUGUCCGCCCUCGACCUCCUGCCCGCCUCCCGCGUCUCCAAGGCGUGGCGGGCCGCCGUCGUCUCCUCCGUCCGCCACUCCCCCCGCCGCCCCCCGCCGUGGCUCGUCCUCUACCUCCAGGGACGCCGGGGGACCGCCACCACCCACGCCUUCGAUCCCCUCUCCCGCUCGUGGCGCUCCAUAACCCGCGUGCCCUGGUGCAGCUUUCCGGCGGGGCUCCACUCCCCCGCGCCGCAGGUCUCCACCUACGCCUGCUCCCAGCGCGGCGGCACACGCCUCUACGCCCUCUCGCCAUCCGGGUUGGCCCUCGCCAGAGAUCCCUUCAGCACCGUGUGGCGCGAGUUGGAGGCGCCGCGCUACUGGCGGACGGACCCGGUGGUGGCCCUCGUGGGGCCCCACGUCGUGGUGGCGGGCGGCACGAGCGAGUUCGAGGACGACGCGAACUCCGUCGACGUGCACGACGCCUGCAGUGGCGGGUGGGAGGCCAGCGAGCCGAUGCCGGAGGCCUUCGGGUGGUCGUCCGCGUUCUCAGCGGCGGCGAACGGGAAGAGGUUGUAUGUGAUGGACAAGUGGUUUCCCUUCACCGCGAGCUGGUUCGACCCGGCCGCCAAGCGGUGGGGGCCGACGCGCCGGGUGAGCAUCCCGGAUCCGACCGUGCGCCACGCGGCCUUGGGGUUCGGGAACGGGCGCCUACUGCUGGCGGGGGCGGGCGGGAGCGGGACGGGGGCGGGAUGGAGGGCCGAGAGCGUGCGGCUGUGGGCGGUGGAUGAGGAGACGCUGCAGGUGGAGGAGGAGGUGGGGAGGAUGCCGAGGGAGAUGGUGGAGGGGCUGGUGGACGACGCGGGAUGGGGCUUAUGGUCGAUAGGGUUCUUGAGCGAGGGGGACUAUGCGUACGUCUACAACCCGUCGUACCUGGGGGAGUUCUUCCUGUGCGAGUUCGAGGAGGGAGGAGGGUGCAGGUGGGAGAGGAUUCUGCGGCCAACGUGCGUGGAGGCGCGGCCGAUGCACAGGGUGGUGUUUGGGUGCUCGGAAGUGAGCAUGGAUGAUCUAAAGACGGCUGCAAAUUGAUGGUUCGGCCUCCAAGUUUGGCGAUCGGAGGUCAUCCAAUUUCUGGGUUGUGUGCACCGCUGCAGGUUGGGCAUGGAUUGAGAAGAGCCAGAGGCUGUCUCGUCCUUUCCUCUGCUACAGGAGGUGGGGUGCAGUGCAUUUGAAACUUUGAUGAAUAUGCUCUCUCUAUCUUCUUCUGUAAUGGAGAAUGUGGGCCGAGUCUGAACCAAUCCAAUCCUCACGCGGGUGAAUGCUGUGUAA